GCUUGUGUGCGAUCAUCACUGUAAACCAGGAGGCUUCAGUCACACUAAUAGGCCGAGCUUGUUAAGUUAGGUGUUAUUCUCUUCGACUGGAUUGAUUGAAGAGUUUUUCCACUGGGACAGGUAAUAUAACACACUGUGGUCUGACCUGACGUGUUUUCUUGUGGCCGGCCCGCCUCUGCCUCCGCCUCCAGUAGCUCUCAGAGAGAGAGACGCAGCGCUGUCGGACAGCACAGCUGGCUGAGAGAGAAAGAUGGGAUCCACGGGACGCUUCUGCUCGGUGCUGCUGGUUGCCUUUCUACUGGGGCUUCAUCACUCCUCAGGUUUCUGGAUCGUCAACGUCGUCUUCCCUCCCGAUGCCAAAAACAAAGUACCAAGUAACAGCACUCCACCACUCAUUAUAGUACCAGGUAACUUGGGGAACCGUCUGGAGGCUAAGCUAGACAAGCCGACACUGGUCCACUGGAUGUGCUACAAGAGAACUAAGCACUGGUUCCCCUUGUGGAUUGACCUCAACAUGUUCAUGCCUAUAGGUGUAGACUGCUGGAUUGACAACAUCAGACUUGUUUACAACAGGACGACUCGGCGGUCUUCCAACUCACCAGGGGUGCAGGUUCGGGUGCCAGGAUUUGGGCAGACCUAUCCCAUUGAGUUCCUUGACCAUAACAAACUGGCUGGUUAUUUUUACACUAUGGUGCAACAUUUAGUCAAUGUAGGCUACAUUCGUAAUGAGACAGUCCGAGGGGCACCAUACGACUGGAGAUUAACUCCGAAUGAGAAUGAAGAGUAUCUCAUCAGAUUGCAGGAGCUGGUGGAACAGAUGUAUGAUCAGUACCAGCAACCUGUUUUCCUGCUGGGACACAGCAUGGGCUGCCACUACGUCCUCUACUUCCUCAACCACCAGCCUCAGGCCUGGAAGGACAAGUACAUCAGGGGCUUCAUUUCCCUGGCAGCGCCAUGGGGGGGCGCUGUUAAAGCAAUGAGAGUCAUGGCAUCAGGUGAAAAUGACGGCAUCCCAAUGAUUUCCAAUAUCAAGAUCCGUGAGGAGCAGAGGAUGACAACAACUAAUCCCUGGAUGGUGCCAUCUCAGGAGAACUGGCCGAAGGACCACGUCUUCAUCUCCACGCCAACUGUCAACUACACUAACCAGGACUACCAGCGCUUCUUUACAGACAUCAAUUUUGAGGACGGCUGGCACAUGUGGGAAGACACCAAGAAUCUGACCGGUGAUCUCCAACCGCCUGGUGUUGAGGUGUGGUGUAUGUAUGGAGUAGGACUGCCAACUGUGGUAACGUACAUUUACGAUGAGGAGUAUCCUAAUGCAGACCCAGUGGAUUACGUUUACGCCGAUGGGGAUGACACAGUGGACAGCCAUAGCAUGGGUCUUUGCAAACGUUGGUCGGGGCAGCAGGAGCAGCCCGUCCAUGUAACAGAGUUCAGAGGGUUGCCCCACUUGGAUAUCGUGUUCCACGAAAAGGUGCUCAACCAAAUCCAAGACAUCAUGGAGGGCAAAUCAGAAAUGCCCGAAGAGAUCGAUGUCAGGUCUUAUAAAAAAUAGCAGACAAUAGCAUUUAAACGUUUAAGAAACUAAAAAACACAGAGUGCUGGAUUUUUACAUAGUUGACUUUUGAGUCUGUUCAAGUGUCAAGCAGAAAACUGCACAUAUGUAGCUUCAACAGGUGAAACCCAGGGUUUAGUCCAGCUUUAACCAGCACUCACAGCUCUAAUAAGUGCGACAGCUCCAACCCAAUCUGGACUAGCAAGUUAUCUAACCCUGACCCUCCAGCCCAUAAACAUGACGGUCUUAUCUGAAGUAAAGGCUGAACUAUGGAUUUGACCCUGAUCUGUUGUUUUCUGAUUUUGAGCAGAGAGUUUUGUAAUAUGUCAGUGUUUUGAUGCAUCUACCUUAUAUUUGAUGGUGACGAUAAUGAUAAUGAUGGGAUGUAUGGUGUUCAUGGUGUUCAUACUAAUAAAAGUAAUUACAUACUAAUAGGAAUUCUAAUAAUCAAUGUAUUGUUUUAUCAAGGAAACAUACAUAUACACCAAUCCCACAAGACAUAUUUCAUUUUGGGUGUGUGACUGUAAUCAAUACUUCAGAUAAAUUAUAAGAACCUCAUCAGCAGGCUGUUUUUACUGUGUAUGGUGUCAGUAUAAUAUUUCUAUUCAGAUUUCAAAUAUUUUUAGAUAGCCUAUCUGUAUAAAAUCGUGUUCACCAUUUGUUAUAUUCUUAGAGCACAUACAGUAUAGCUACUGUAGCUGCUAUGCACAUGAAAACUGAUAAUAAGGAAUGAUGAGGAUAUUUAUACUGUAGUGCCAAAUUGAUGGGAAUGUUUCCACUAAAAUAAAGUUUCCUAUAUCACAAAA